AUGGAAAAUUUUCCAAUUCAGUUGGAAAGAUUACACGAACUUCUAACAUCACAUUUAAAUCAUCCCCAGAGAUGUAUAAAGAUUAAAAGCCCCUAUCAAGAUGUUUUUUACUGCAAUAAUUUCAAAGGAAAACAAAAUUCGAUGCAGGGUUUGGUUUCUGAAAGCAACAUAAGAAAACCCUGA